AUGACGAAAUCCCUCCUCUUCUCCGCCCACCCAACGCCGCCGCUCCUCCCCGCCCCCCGCCUUCGCAGGCUCCUCCGCUUCCGCGCCUCCUCCUCCGCCUCCGCCUCCGCACCGCCCCGAGCCGACCGCCGCUCCCCCCGGCCCGCGCCGUCGCGCCGCCCAUCCUCCUCCUCCCUCUAUGCGCGCCCCAGCCUCCUCGAGAUGGAGCGCGAGCGCGCCACCCGCCGCGCCGACGUUGACGCCUUCCUCGCCUCCCUCGGCGUCGACCCGGGCGAACUCGCGGGCCUCGAGCUCCCGGUCACCGUCGACGUCAUGCGGGAGCGCGCCGAGUUCGUGGGUUCCCUCGGCCUUACCCUCGAGGACCUCGCCGCUUACCCUCUCGCUCUCGGCUGCAGCGUGCGCAAGAACAUGGUCCCCGUGCUCGACUACCUCGGCAAGCUCGGCGUCCGCCGCGAUGCGCUCCCGGACCUGCUCAGACGGUACCCGCAGGUGCUACACGCCAGCGUCGUCGUCGACCUUGCCCCCGUCGUCAAGUACCUCCAGGGUAUGGACGUGAGGCCCGCUGACGUGCCGCGCGUGCUCGAGCGCUACCCGGAGCUCCUCGGGUUCAAGCUCGAGGGCACUAUGAGCACUUCCGUCGCCUACCUCGUUGGCAUUGGAGUGGGAAGGCGUCAGAUAGGUAGCGUCAUCACUCGUUUUCCAGAGGUGCUUGGUAUGCGCGUGGGGAAGAUAAUAAAGCCUUUUGUCGAACACCUUGAGGGCAUUGGGCUUCAGAGGUUAGCUGUUGCAAGAAUAAUAGAGAAGAAGCCAUAUGUACUUGGAUUUGGGCUAGAGGAGAACGUGAAGCCUAACAUUGAGGCUCUUAUGGACUUUGGAGUGAGGAAGGAGGCUCUAGCAUCCAUUGUGAUGCAGUAUCCCGACGUUCUUGGACUUGAACUGAGGGACAAGCUUGUUGCACAGCAGAGCUUGUUUGAGUCGAGCAUUUUGGUUAGCUGUGAAGAUUUUGGGAGAGUGGUCGAGAGGAUGCCGCAAGCCAUUAGUCUUGGACGAGCUGCGGUUCUGAAGCAUGUUAAUUUCCUCACAGCUUGUGGAUUUAUGCUCUCUCAAGUGAGCAAAAUGGUUGUGGCAUGCCCCCAACUGCUCGCACUAAAUAUGGAUAUAAUGAGGAUGAAUUUCGAAUACUUCAAGAAUGAGAUGGAGAGGGAUUUGGAGGAGCUGGUUGAGUUCCCUGCAUUCUUCACAUAUGGCCUCGAGUCGACUGUGAGGCCUCGGCAUGAGAUGGUGUCCCGGAAGGGAUUCACAUGCUCUCUUGCAUGGCUUCUUAACAGUUCUGAUGCGAAAUUUGAUGAGCGCAUGAAGUAUGAUACAAUUGGGGUUGAUGAAAUGGAGCGUGAGGAUUCUUCUGACAUGAAUGCAUUUGUGGAGGAGGGUUGGGCAGAGGCUUUGCAGCUUUGGGCCAGAUACAGUGCUCUCGCAAAUUUGAAGUAUGAAGAUGAUACACCGGUUGAUCGCAAAGGGUCGGGAAGAAAAGUGAUCGAAAAACUGCAGCAAAUUUAUGCCGCUGAACUUGCAAAUAAAGAUUUUGCAUAUGAUUGUGAGAAGAUCCUGUUCACAAUUGGUGCUCUUCCUCAAGUUAAAAAUGAGUUCACUGUCGUGGUUGAAGACUUUUCAACUGGAAAGACUCCUGCAAAUGGCAGUCCAGGCAAUGACAGUCCUCCUGGAAGUGAGAGGAAAAUGGUCAGAAGGCCUUACAAUACAAAGACGUACAAGGUCGAACUCUCUUUUGCGGCAAAAAUUUCUAUGAGUGCAAUCUCACAGGCCUUGAGAGGUCAGGAUUCAGAGCACAGUCAGGAAGCAAUUCGAGUGAUUGACAUUAUUCUGAGGCAGCACUCAGCUAAGCAGAGUUGCCUAUUAGUAAGGCAAUCAUUCUUCCACAACAAUCCUUCCAACUUUGUUGACCUGGGUGGUGGUGUAGUGGGCUGUAGAGGGUUUCAUUCUAGUUUUCGUGCAACCCAGAGUGGACUUUCACUCAGUAUCGAUCAAGCCCUUUCGGGAGUGCCAGUGCGCCGGGCACAACAGAAAGGAAUCAGAGAUUGCGUCUCUCAGAAGAUGGACAGCAUCAGUUUUCAGUGUUUUGACAUGAAUCAUACAGAUACUAGUUGA